GGUUAAUAUUUGACCCGACCAACAGCUGACUCUCACAGCUCGUGUAUAAAAAGGGGAAGUUUCUGGCAAACUGUCUGCAGCAAAGAGGACGUUAAAGGCUGUGAAGAUGCGUGGGAUCUUUGCUAGUUGUGCACUCGCAGCACUGCUGCUGGCUGCAGCCUGGGCAGACCACCACCACCACCAUGGCUCUGAUCACAGCCACGAGGGAGAGCUGAGCUGCCACAAGCUCUCUCCUCCCAAUGCUGACUUUGCCUUUGCCCUCUACAAAAAUCUGAAUGCCCACACUGCUGCCGGGAAGAACAUCUUCUUCUCACCACUGGGCAUCUCCGCAGCCCUGUCCAUGCUGUCUACAGGGGCCGGUGGUGAAACCCACAAUCAGCUGCUCUCUGGCUUGGGCUACAGCACCCUCACCCAGGCGCAGGUCAACGAAGCAUAUGAGCAUCUCUUCCACAUGUUGGGACACAGCCAGGAGGAUCAGCAGCUGAAUGUCGGUAACGCUGUGGCUGUGCGCUCUGGCUUCAAUCCUUUGGAGAAGUUCCUGAACGACAUCAAGCACCACUACUCCGGUGAGGUCUUCAAGGUCGACUUCACCAAACCUGCAGACGCUGCAGCUGAGAUCAACAGAUUCAUUGCCACCAACACCCAGGACAAGAUCAAAGACAUGGUGAAGGACCUGGACCCUAAUAUGGCCAUGGUGCUGAUCAACUAUGUCUUCUUCAGAGGACAGUGGGAGAAACCCUUCAAUGGAAACCUGACACACAAGGAGGACUUCACUGUGGACGAAACCACAAAGGUUCAGGUGGACAUGAUGAGGAGGAUGGGUCGCUUCGACUUCUAUCAGGACUUCGACAACCACACCACCGUCAUUAUGCUGCCCUACAAAGGAAACACCUCCAUGAUGAUCGUCCUGCCUGAUGAAGGCAAGAUGCAGGAGGUGGAGGGCUACAUCAGCAAGGACUACAUCAGGCACUGGCAUGACUCACUCUACAGGAGUUCUGUGGAUCUGUCCUUGCCAAAGUUUUCCAUCUCUGCUGAGGCCUCGCUGGGCAGCACACUGACAGAAAUGGGCAUAACUGAUGCUUUUGCAGACAACGCUGAUUUCUCUGGCAUCUCUGACGAGAUCAAGCUCAAAGUCUCAAAGGUAUCCCACCAGGCCGUGCUGAGCGUGGAUGAAAAGGGAACAGAGGCAGCAGCCGCCACCACCAUUGAGGUCAUGCCCAUGAGCAUGCCCGAAACCAUGAUACUCGACAGGCCCUUCAUGGUCUUUAUCCUGGAGCACUCGACCAGGAGCGUCCUCUUCAUGGGAAAGAUCAAUAACCCCACAGCCGUGUAAAGACGCAGGGGGAAUAAUGAGGGGUGCAUUUUCACACUGUAGUCGGUUUAAGCAGCUGCGGGACAAGAGCUCAUUUUUACCUCAGCAUCUGUGAGCCCUGUUGACAUGUCACAGCGAUAUUAAGAACAUUGGGGAAUGAUGAAUGGGGGAUAGUUUGACAGAUAAGACAACAGAUCCAUCAUCAGAAAUGUCAGUCUAUUAAUCUGCUUGCAGUCUGUCAGCGUGAGGCAUUUAUUACCAUCUGUCAUCUGAGCCUGGCUAGGUGUAUAAAUACCUACAUGCAUCAUUAUAUAUUGUGUCCAGCUGACUAUAUGAUACAAAUAAUAAAAACAUUAGUAGAUAUAUCACUCGGACCAUCUGCUCACACACACUGAGCUAAUGUGCUAUUGCUGUUUCAACAUGUUGAAGUGAAAUAUUUUAAUCUUGAGUUCAUGGAUCCAAUCGAUUUAACUGUAUGAUUUUCACAACACCAAUAAAUGCUGAAUUACUGAGAAAAGGCA